AUGGCGACAGUUAACGGCGUCACAACCAUCAUCCCUCCACCGGAUGGCUACGAGGUCGACUUCGCGAACCCACAGCGGAGGCUGGUGACGGAGACGUACGUGGUUUUCAUCGUCGAGAACAUCCUGGCACUCGCGUUUCUUGGACAGCGACUCUACACCAAGAUUCGGCUUAUGAAGCAGUUCCAAAUUGACGAUGUCGGCGAGAGUCGCGGAUCUGAGAACAAAGAUUCCUCAGGUCGCAAUCGCGGGUUGCGCACCUGGGGGAGUGAUGGAAACAGCAAGCGCAAGUAUGAUACGUUGAUGCGCACUGUAGACGGCGCGCAAGGAGACGGCGACGAUGAGAUUCCUCUUGCUAGCGUGGCACCUAAAGCCUCGGGUGGACGAGAGGCCAAGGUGCCGACCGGGAACGUCUCCUACAAGGGGGACAACGAUAGCGAGGAAGCUAUCCUGUACGAGCGGACCGUCCAGGUCACGUAUGAAGGGGGUAACGGAGGCGACCCUGCGAAUCCGUACUCACGUCAGGUCUGGCCAGACGGGCAUCUGGCACCCAGUGCCCUGUAA